AUGGUUGAGAAAGUAGUACCUCCGGGGUUGACGAGGGAGGAAAAGGGCAAGGCGGUAGAGGAAGACACCCCUAAGGUGCAAAAACAGGAGAAAGAACCAGUCUACAUCCCCCCUCCACCUAAGAUCGAGCCCUAUGCGAUCUUGGAGCAAGUGUCAAUCUACAAGAAGUUGAAUAUUGGUGAGCUAAAACCCACAAGAAUGGCACUGCAGUUAGCAGAUCGAUCAGUCAAGUACCCAACAGGAAUAUUAGAGGAUGUACCUUUGAAGAUUGGUGGGUUCUAUGUACCGGUAGAUUUUGUGGUUUUAGACAUGAAUGAAGAUUCCAAGAAAUCUCGCAAAAAUCCGAGGGAGAGUCGACGGACUAGCAAGAAAGAUACAGUGGGCGAUGAAAUCCAAGAACUCGAAAGCCCAGAGGAGAAGAUCCAAGGAACAGACGCGGAGAUCCCAGAAGAACCGCAGGAAGGAAACCCUAGGAUCGAAGAUGAGUGCAAGAAAACUGAGGAUCUAACCUCUCUGCCUCCAGAACAAGUUGAUACGGGUAAACUUGAUGAACUCUUUACUUACUCUACUAGAGAUAUAGAGAAAAGUUCGGAUAGUGAGCCUAGGUUGAUAAGAAAAAGCACAAGAAGGCGUGUAGAUUUUGAUAAGGAUGUGAGUGUAGAGAAUGUAGAAUCUGGGAAGGAUGUGGGUGAUACAUCCAAACAAAUGGAGGAACUGCCCUCAGUUCAAUUACGGCAGGAGAAAUCGAAGGAUGCUGAAAUCGAAGUGGUUGCGGACUCAGCAACGGAGACAGAAGUGCUGAAAUCAAAAGAGGAUGAUGAACCUGAAGUGGACUCAGGUGCACAAAAGGUUGAAAGCAAGAGACCUAAGGCAAAGAUCGCUGAGAAAAAGGGCAAGAGUUCUGACUCUCGAGUGAUUGCUGAACAGAGAGCACGAACCAGAUCUCAGGUGGCUGCAAAACCAGUGGUGACUGCAAAAAAUCCACCUAAAAAGACUCCUAAGAAAUCUGAGAAGAGGAAGGCUGAACCAGCAAAAGAUAUGCCCCGGGCAAAAACUUCAAAGAUUUCUAAGGAAUACCAAAAGGAGAAGAUGAAGGGGAAGAGAAAAGUUCAGGAAGAAAGUGAGAUCCCCAGUUCUCCUUCUGGGUCAGAAGAUGAGGAAUUACUGGCAAGCCUGUGCAUGUCUCAUCACUUUGUUGAUGAGAAAUCUGAACAAAGGUUUAGUGACAUGAAGAAUCUCAACACGAUUGUGGAGAGAAAUGUGAAUGUCAGCAACCUCAAGGAGCAAGGGAUAUGGGAUAUCCUCAAAAUCCUGAUCAAAGAAUUUUAUGCAAACAUCACUAAGAAGAUUGUGAAGGCAGGAGAUCCAAUGUACCAUAGGGUGUACAUAAGAGGGAAGAUACUGCAUUUUUCUCCAGCAGUAAUCAACAAGUUUUUGGGAUUGAAGAACACAGUUGUGACCACCAUGGACGAGCUGGACAGGGAGAUUGACCAUAAAGAGCUGGAGAUAGCUCUCACUAACAUUUUUUAUGAAAAGAGGAAAGGAGAAAUAUCCCCAGUAGAGCUGAACUUCGAGGCUUCAGUACUGUUCAAAAUAGCCAGAGCUAACUGGUUACCAACCCAGCGAUCAAGUCUGAUUCACAAGAGGCUAGCAGUGCUCAUCUACUGUGUGAAGAAAGGGAUCAAGAUCAACUAUGGAAACAUGAUCUUCGAUCAUAUUCUGGAGAGAGCACUGAACUUCAGAGCAAGAAUCAAAAGGAAGAAGAGAAAAGGAAAGAAUGACUACAAGAAGAUGUUGGAGACUCUCAAGGAUGCAGAGAAAGCACUGAUAAAGAUGGAGCUCGGACUAAGGAAGCAGGCAACACAUUGUCAGAAAAUCCGUGCAACAGUCCACGAAUACAUCGAAGCAACCCUGAGUAAUGUGUUCAUUAUGUUGGAGACUCUCAAGGAUGCAGAGAAAGCACUGAUAAAGAUGGAGCUCGGACUAAGGAAGCAGGCAACACAUUGUCAGAAAAUCCGUGCAACAGUCCACGAAUACAUCGAAGCAACCCUGAGUAAUGUGUUCAUUAUUCGAUCAGGGGGAGAACUUGAGGAAGUAGAAGGAGAUCUCGACUCAGAAGAAGAAGACUCGGAGGAGGAGGACGAAGAAUAG